ACAUUUAUUUUAUCCAAUAAUUAUUAUAUAUGUACAUAUGUAUUUUUAUAGUGCUCCAAUUAUCUGAUAUAAACGACAGUUUUGUUUACUAGCUCAAACAAGACAGUACAGACGAUGAUAACCUAACAUCGACAAAAUUUAAAGUAGAAGUUGAUGCUGAUCAUGGUCAAGUCGGAUCUCCUGCUGGGCGGCUUAUCUGCCGUAGGCGCGGUGGUGUUUACCAACCCCAUCGACGUAGUUAAGACAAGAAUCCAGUUGCAGGGUGAAUUAGCCGCUCGCGGAACUUACGUGAAACCCUACAGACAUCUGGCGCAAGGCUUGGUGCAGAUUGUUCGUAACGAGGGCUUCCUAGCCUUGGAGAAGGGUUUGCUGCCGGCGAUGCACUACCAGUUUAUUCUGAACGCCAUCAGGCUAAGCGUUUACUCGAAUGCUUUGGAAUAUGGUUACUUGCACAACAAAGAUGGACACAUUGUCUUCUACCGGGGCAUGUUCUUUGGUGCACUGGGCGGAGGAACCGGUACAUUUCUGGGCAGUCCUUUCUAUAUGAUAAAAGCGCAACAACAAGCGCAGGCUGCCGAGGCGAUAUCAGUGGGUUUCCAGCACAAGCACACAUCGAUGAUUGACGCCAUGCUAAAAAUCUACAAGUCGCGCGGGUUUAGGGGAUUCUGGCGCGGAGCAACGAGUAGCGUUACCCAGGCUUUGAUGGGUUCCAGUUUCCAAAUCGGCACGUUCCCCAAGGCAAAGGCCUUCCUUCAGGGCAACGGUUGGGUUACGCACCCAGUGCUCCUCUCCUUUUGCUCCGGCAUAAUCUCGGGAUCCGUUGUGUCCCUUGCCAACACACCAUUCGACGUGGUAACAACGCGGAUGUAUAACCAGCCGGUGGAUGCUAAUGGACGUGGCCUCGUCUACCGCAGUUUGGUGGACUGCUUUUUAAAGAUCUUGCGAAAGGAGGGACUGCAUGGAAUAUACAAGGGCUUCUGGCCCGUAUACUGCCGUAGUUUGCCCCACACCACCUUAACCUUUAUUUUUUUUGACAAGUUAGUGCAAUUGCGCAACCGCUCUGUUAAAUUCAAGAAGGCGGUCUAAAAUAUUACAGAUUGUCCCAAACAUUUUUAUUAUAGAUUUU